UGAUUUAUUAUUGUUUAGGGACGCCCAAAAGCAAAUCAAAAGGGAAAGGUGUGAAUGAUGCUAGUGAUUUCGUUGAGGGUAGUCCUCGUGUUACAAGAGGUGAAAUAUUGAAGAGGAAAUUGGGUGAGACGUCGGGCAAAGAUGCUGCUGGUAGUUCGGUUGUUCCUGAUGUUGGAGUUGUUUCUCCGGUAGCUCCUGCCAAGAGGAAAAGGAUUGACAAGCGAAAGCUUGCAGUGGGAAACUACACUAAGUUACAAGUGAAGAGCUAUGAUGAUUACCCGUCUCUGUACAUUCGGAGUACGCCAUGCGUUCUAUUGAAAGUUGUUAAGGAGAUGAACGACGUCCAGAAAGAGGCUGUUAAAUCAUUGGGGUUCGGGUCUGUCCUUGAUCUUACAAUCCAGGAGAUGCCGUCAAAGCUAGAUUAUUGGGUGCUAGAUUGCUUCCAUGCCCGAAGGUCGGAGAUCGUGCUUCCAUCUGGGAAGACAAUUGAGGUGACAGAUGAGGAUGCCUAUCGCGUACUCGGAUUUCCUCGUGGUGAUAGAUCGUUGGAACUUCUGGAUAAGAGUGAGACUACAGACUUGUAUGAUGAGUGGGUAAGCUGUUUUCCGGAUAAAAAUCAAAAGACUAUAAAAAUCAGUGAUGUUAAAGACGCGAUGAUAGCUUCUGUGGAUGGGGGGCGAUGGUUCAAGCUUCAUUUUCUAGUGAUGGUUACACAUUGCCUGAUAGAGAGCACCACACAUGGAUCUGUCAUUCCUAGGGUUAUUAAGAGCCUAGAUGAUUUGACAGCUGUGCGUGACUUCAAUUGGUGCGAGUAUGUAGUUGAUUCUUUGGUUGAGAGCAAAGGUAAAUGGGAAAAGGAUACACAAUCCAUGUACACUGGGCCUAUUAUGUUUCUCGCGGUGUUUUACGUGGAUAGGGUUACAUGGGCAAGAGUACGUGUAAGCAGGAGCUUUCCUUUAUUUAAGAAUUGGUGCACAAAGAAACUGAAAGACAGGGAGCUUGAUGAGAUAAACUGUGGUCGUUUUGGUGAUGGUAUUAUUCUCGAUCCAAUUGAAGUUGAGGAUGAGUCCAUUACUGCGAUUAUUGGGAAAAAGCUGAAAAUGUUUGAACGUGUGAGGGAUGAGAUACUUCUGGCCAUUAACUCAGCGGACGAGGAAACUUUAGCUUCGAAUGAGUUCAUCUUGAAGUUUAAAGAAGCAAAGAAUUUGCUACUUCAUGCACCUAUUACACUGACAGCGUUGCCUAUCGACAAGGUUAUUAAUUGCGAGGAUGGCAAUGUAGAAGCUGAUGAUCCUAGCACGGGUGAUACAUCCUUGGAUGCUGAAGUUGCACAUGAGGUUGGACAGAGAGAGACCUCGGAUCCCGACACUCGUACUCCGGAUCAGAACAUUGCAUGGUUUGACGAUGUUUGUAUUGGAGCAACUCAACUGAUGGAAGUGGACCCGAAGAAUGGUGUGAAUGUGGUUGAUACUGAAACCGAAGGGCUGGUAAAUGCAUCGUCAAAGGGUGCCUUGAUUGGUGGAAGCACUGGAUCUGGUGGUCCUAUUCCACAUGUGCAGACACGUGUCACGGACGGAUCUGUGGUUGUUGAAGAACAAAACAUACGAACAGGCGGCGGAUCGAGCAGAGUUCCAUUUUCUGAUGGGAUUGAUGCAGCAUUGGGGACUGAUAACUCAAAUAAUGGUGGUGAUGGUGUGAAUUCGAUUGUUGAGCCUGCCGUGGGGAGUGCUAUCUCUAAGAGUGCCGAAGUUGGUGGGCAAACGAAUUUGGAGGUUGGGUGCGAAGCAGAUGUGGUUCUAGGAGACGCAUUGCAGACUGGUCGUUUAGCGAUGACAAACAUAGCAAAGCGUGGGAAAGAAAAUUUUGUUUUUGAAAAUCCCAAAAAUGUGGUAAAGAGGUUACGUCGUGGUAGAAUUUGA